AUGACUACAAGCCCCGUUAUCUAUUGUGCUGCUCCAGACUGUGGUAAAGAAACUACAUCUUCAUUAAAAUGUCCUGUUUGUUUAAAACAAGGUCUUACAAGUGUCUUUUGUGAUCAAUCAUGUUUUAAAAGAAAUUGGGCUUUACAUAAAUCUAUUCAUAAUAAACCUGGUGUGGAAAGAUAUGAUCCAUUCCCAGAAUUCAAUUAUACUGGUAAAGUUAGAGCUCAAUAUCCUUUAACCCCAAAGAGAAUUGUUCCAGAUCAUAUUGCUAAACCUGAUUAUUCUGCAAAUGGUCAACCAAUUUCUGAACAUGUAUCUGAUCGUUCAGGUAAAAUUCCAAUUAAUUCUGAAGAUGAAAUUAAACAAAUUAAAAAAGCUGCUACUUUAGCAAGAGAAGUCUUAGAUAUUGCUGCUGCUUCAAUUAAGCCAGGUAUUACUACAGAUGAAUUAGAUGAAAUUGUUCAUAAUGCAACUAUUGAAAGAGAUUCUUAUCCUUCACCAUUAAAUUAUUAUAAUUUUAGUAAAAGUGUAUGUACUUCUGUUAAUGAAGUUAUUUGUCAUGGUAUUCCAGAUAAAAGACCUUUAGAAGAUGGUGAUAUUGUUAAUUUAGAUAUUUCAUUAUAUCAUAAUGGUUAUCAUGCAGAUAUGAAUGAAACUUAUUAUGUAGGGGAAAAAUUAUCAAAACAAGCUAUAAAUGUUGUGGAAACUGCAAGAGAAUGUUUAGAUUUAGCUAUUAAACAUUGUAAACCAGGUGUUACUUUUAGAUCAGUUGGUGAUAUCAUUGAAAAACAUGCAAAACAAAAUAAUUGUUCAGUUGUUCGUACUUAUGUUGGUCAUGGUAUUGGUAAAUUAUUCCAUUGUGCUCCACAAGUUGCUCAUUAUGCAAGAAAUAAAUCUCCAGGUAUUAUGAAACCUGGUAUGGUUUUCACUAUUGAACCUAUGAUUAAUGCAGGUUCAUAUAAAGAUAUUUCAUGGCCUGAUGAUUGGACUGCAGUUACUGCUGAUGGUUCAUUAAGUGCUCAAUUUGAACAUGAAUUAUUAAUCACUGAAACUGGUGUUGAAGUUUUAAGUGCAAGAAAUGAAAAAAGUGCUGGUGGUGCUGUUAAAAGAAUAUAA